AUGCAACCCUACUUUGGCUUGCGUGGCGCUCUUUUGAACCGUGCCAUCAUCUGGCUGGUUGUCUGUCCGGCCUUUGUGUGCUAUGGAUACAACCAGGGGGUGACCGGGGGGUUGCUAACGCUGCAGUCGUUUGCGGAGACCUUUCCCCAGAUGAACACCCUGACCACGACGGGGGCUCAGCAGCACUACAACUCCACCAUCCAGGGUACGGUGGUCGCUUUGUACACUGUCGGUGGCAUCUUCGGGUCAUUGUCAUGCAUCUACCUGGGAGAUUUGCUGGGCCGGCGGCGAGUGAUCUUCAUCGCCUCAGCCGUGUCGAUAAUUGGCGCCCUGCUGAUGGCCACCUCAUUUGGACUGGCUCAGUUCAUCGUGGCGCGUGUUGUCCUAGGACUAGGAACGGGCGGCUACGUUGCCACUGUGCCCGUGUGGCAGGCUGAGAUUUCACAGGCAGGCAAGCGCGGUGCGCACGUCGUGACAGACGGUAUAUUCAUUGGCGCCGGCAUCACCAUUUCGCUGUGGAUUGAUUUCGGAUUCUACUUCGUCACGGGUAAUUCCGUGUCGUGGCGGUUUCCGCUGGCUUUACAGAUUGUCCUAUCACUCAUGGUGAUGGCCUUUAUUGUAGUGUUCCCCGAGUCGCCUCGGUGGCUUAUCAAGCGGAAUCGGACAGAGGAAGCCCGUGAGAUCCUGGCCGCGCUGGCGGAUGUGGACCCGGCCGAUGAAAGCAUCACCCUGGCGAUGCGCGACAUUGAACGGUCGCUGGCGAUAUCAGGGUCGGGAUCUUGGAAAGAUAUGCUGAGCAUGGGCGAACAGCGACUGUUUCACAGGACAGUACUGGCUGCAGCAGGACAAAUGUUCCAGCAGAUGUGCGGAAUCAACCUGAUCACAUUUUACGCGACCACCAUCUUCCAACAGUAUCUGGGACUCGAUGCGGUGCCGUCGCGCAUUCUCGCGGCUGCGAUGGGUCUCACCCAGCCACUCGGCGGAUUCCUUGCCUUUUUCACCAUUGACCGGCUCGGUCGACGGGCGCUGAUGCUCGGGAGUGCAGUUGGCAUGUCGGCCUCGAUGGCUAUCUUGGCUGGGACGACGUCUCAGGCCAACAACUCCGCGGCGCUGGUUGUGGCGGUGGUGUUUCUCUUCGUGUUUGAGUUUAUCUUCACAGUCGGAUACUCGGGGCUGACAUUUUUGUACGCGACCGAAGUCGCACCGUUGCAGCUGCGGGCAGCCAUCAGUGCUGUCUCGACAGCAGCCGUAUGGACCUUUAACUUUCUUCUGGCCGAGGUGACGCCGGUGGGAUUCGAUACGAUCGGAUACCAGUACUAUAUCAUCUUCGCGGUGCUGAACGCGGCGAUUGUGCCGAUUGUGUACUUUUUCUUCCCGGAGACGAAUGGACGGUCGCUAGAGGAGAUUGACGAGAUUUUCCUGCAGUCGAAGAGCGUGUUUGAUCCGCCGCGACUGGCCAGGACAUUGCCGCGGAUGCAUCUGGCGGAGGUGGUGGAGGAUCCGGAGACCGAUGCGAAGGUUGAGAAAAGUGGUUAUGAUGAUUGAUUCUGAGGAUUAUCUAGCUCAGCAUUUCAAAUAAACGUGGCAGCUGCUCUGUCAUGUGGAGUAACUUGCUCGCUUUGUCCUUAG